AUGAACGGUCCAACUACAAAGUGUGGAUACUGUGGUUUUAUUCUACGACGGUCAUGUGGAACAAUACUAGAUCAUCAUUGUUUUGUUGCCUAUGAUAAAAAUACCGACGUUACCCAGCAAAUACCAAAUAUAAAUCCUGUGACCACAUCAUCGGCAGUGUAUUGUGUAACCCCACUAAUCCUAACACUCUUGAACACUACAUCUGCAGUCACGCAAGAUGAGUUGCUUAUUGAGUUGGUUCGUACUCGAAGGGCUUUGUGGGACCAUUUUAUUCCACUGAAUCAAAAGACGAAAUUAAAGAAAGAUAAUUUGUGGCAAGAAAUUGUAAAUCUUUUACAAAUAAAAUAUUGAAAUAACCUUUUGCAUUGUUAUCUCUGCAUAUCUUAUCGGUUCAUCUCUUGCUUGCAUGAGAAAUUUUAUAAUAACCA